AGCAACCACUAGCACCACCUCUCUCCUCCUAUACCACAGUCCUCCUCCACCACAUAUUUUUUGUAUCGAAAAAGAGGAGCCACGCCCACCGCUUGAACCAGAAACAAAAAUAUAUCAUCCAUAGCGUGCAGAGAUGAGGAGAUCCCGUAGAGAUUACAAAAGAAAAUGACAAAAUGACGCCAUGAUGGACAGAACAGUGAGAGUGCCAGCAUGUUAUUGUGAAGGGUAAAAGGUUUAUUGUCACAGUGCCAUGGCCCGCGACCCAGCAUAGUGGAGCUGCUGGGCGGGGCGGGCGUCGUCGUGCGCUCUCAGCAGGCUGGCGGGGUGGGCUGCGUGGGCUGUGUCUCACCAAAUAUGUGCGACAUACGCGGCCUGCCCCACUACCCGGCGUGUGGCUGUCUCUUCAACCAUGUCGGCUCCAAGGACAAGGCGAAGGUUAUGGAGGGAUCGAAUGGUGUGGGGGCGGAGUUGGCAGCAUCGCCGCGGAGGCAGGUGGCGGGGCCGUCCCGAGCCAGGGAUCCCCCCAGCAUGGUCGUCCAGGGGGACUUUCGCAAGGUUAGCGGCAUCAGCACGGAGAUCUUCCGGCAGAUUGAGACAGUCGAGAAUGACCAUGAUGCAUCGACGGCAGCAGCUCUGGACGUGGUGGAGGCGGGAGAGAUGGUGGUGCGUCUCCUCGACCCCCGCACACUCAGUCGCCAAGCUUACGACCAGGCCAAGCGCUUCCUCGCCGCCCAGAACACCAAGUUCAGCGUGCAGAUGGUGGAGAUAGUGAAGCGCCCCGGGCAGACGCUGGGACUGUACAUUCGUGAGGGCAACGGCGCCGACCGUGCUGAGGGCGUGUUCAUCUCCCGCAUCGCCCUGGAGUCUCCCGUCUACAACUCCGGCUGCCUACGUGUGGGAGACGAGAUCCUGGCGGUAAACCUGGUGGACGUGACGCGCAUGGGCCUGGACGACGUGGUCAUCAUCAUGAGCAUCCCGCGCCGCCUCCUUCUCACCACCAGGUCGCGGCGGGGUGGACGGGGGGCGCCGCCAUCUCCACAGCCCAGACACGAGCCUAAGCCGCCGCCCGUCGUCGUCAUCAAGAAGGAGUACGAAGAGGAGCCUCCAGAAGACUCGAACAGUAACGGGGACACGCUGCGCUUCGGUGCUAUGGCUGGGCGGCCGCCACCGCCACCUUCUCGGCCGCCGCCCGGAGUACCACAAACUCAGGAAUCUAGAUUCAGCACACUGCCUCGGUACCGCCCUCCGGAAACUAUGUCAGCACUCCGUCACGAGGAACCGCUAAUAUACUAUGGCACAAGAGGAAUACCGGGUAAAGGUCCCUUCGGUGUGCCCCAGCAAGCACCCCAAGGAGCCCCGCCCGGUAUGAUGGGGGCCCCAAUAGGCCCUCAUGCUACCCAUCCUGGUUACCAACCGCGGAGUGGCCGCCAAGCAGGGGUGCCAGGCGCCCCCAUCCAGCAGUACGGCGCUCCACCCCGUCCGCCUAUUGGGUCGGACAUAGAGCGCUACUACCAACCUCCCCCACCAGUCAUCACGGAACAGCCGCGGCCGCAACAGCAGCAGCACUUUACACCAUACGAACGGUCAUAUCCCAAGACGUUAGAGUCACUAGCAGAGCGUGUGCACUCUUUCUACGGGCCUCUUCCGGGUGAACUAGUGGAUGUCGCGGCUCUACAGGCGGGGCAGAUCCCAGGGAGGCAAAUGCGGCCCCAGGAGCCACCGAUGUACGGAACCCUGGGCCGCAGCAGCGUGGGUAGACCCAGGCUAGCCCGCACCCUCAGCGACCAGCGGCUGCCUGCCACAGAACGCGAGAGUCUGAGUGACUAUGAAGGCACCGGUCCCUCGGCCCGCCGGCUCAAGGCGACCACACUACAGUAUCCCUCGGGGGCACAAGUGACGGACCGGGCCACCCUGGAGCGGUACCAGGAGACCAUGAGGCGCUUGAGUGCGCUACGUCAGAGGACGCGCUCCGUGGACUACGCCAGCGACACAGAGGUCACUCUCCCACGGUCGUCCCUCCUGGCGAGGGCGAGGGGCGCCCACCACACCGGAGCUGCAGGAGGCACCGCGGCUGCCCGCUCCAACUCCCUGCCUCGCCACUCCUCCCGCCACCGCGGGGGCUCGCACGUUAGGUUCGAGGCCCGCGGGGGACCGGCGGUGAGCGAGGACGAGAGCGACGGCGCCGUCAGUGCCCCAGAGAUGCCCACGGGCACCGAGAGAGCGCGCCUGCCCUCCUCACCAUCCAUCUUCACGUCUGACGAGUACCGCGCCUGGAUGAGUCGGGCUCCCUCCACCAGCGCCAUCUAUGAGCGGAUACGACAGUCACACGAGACCCUCCGCACCCAGCGUGGAGGCCUCAGAUUCACCUACAGCGCUGAGAACCUCACCGAGAAGACCAGAGACGAGGCACCGUACUAUAUGCAGCGGUUACACCUCGGGGCAGGAACAGUAGGCAGUUCGUCCCGGCAGCUGAGUCGACUAGAACCACCGUCAAGGCGAGUGAGGGCGGCCCUAGAGGAGGCGAGGGGCGUGCCACAUCCAUCACCCACCCGUGGUAGACCCGCCCUCAGGCUCAUCGACAUCAACCCUGCAGAGUUCCUGAAGUACAAAGUAGGCGUGGGGAACAUGGGCGGCGUGACGGAGGGGGUGUCGGGCAUGCUGUGGGUGCACCUGCUGGCCGGCCGUGGGCUGAAGGCUGCAGGACGCUCUGAGUUCCGUGACCUGUACUGUGUGCUGGAGUGUGACCGCGUGCACAAGGCCCGCACUGUUGUCAGGACCGGAGACCUCAACUUUGACUGGGACGAGACCUUUGAUCUCGACCUUAUCAACAACAAAGAAUUAGACUUUUUGAUAUAUUCGUGGGAUCCACAAUUUAGGCAUAAACUAUGUUAUAAAGGUUCGGUACAUCUAGUGAGUUUGCUUAAAGAAUCGCCGCUGCAUCAACUAGCACUAAAGAUAGAGCCGCGUGGCACGUUGUACCUCAAGCUGCGCUACACUCCGCCUCGCCAGGCCUUCCUACGGACACCUGGCGUGCGCAAAAACGCGCUCUUUGGCUUGGACUUGGAUUCAGUGUCAAACCGUGAGAGUGGCGGAGGCACAGUGCCUCUAAUUAUAGCGCGCUGUGUGGCUGAGGUUGAGCGACGUGGUCUGGACAUUAUAGGGCUGUAUCGCCUCUGUGGGUCUGCCACGAAGAAGCGCCUCCUCAGAGAUGCCUUUGAGAGGAACCCCAGGCUAGUGGACCUCUCGUCUGACAACGUCCCUGACAUCAACGUCAUCACGGGCAUCCUGAAGGACUAUCUACGUGAGCUUCCUGAGCCACUGUUCACCAAGUGUCUGUACCAGAUGUUGGUGGACGCCCUGACGGUGAUGUUACCUGACGACCCGCAGGGCAACGCCAAGCUCAUGUUCUCCAUCCUCGACUGCCUCCCCAAAGUUAACCGGAUGACGCUGUUCCUUCUGAUGGAUCACCUACGUCUUGUGGCCAGCCAAUCCGAGCGCAACAAGAUGACCACACAGAACUUGGCCAUCUGUUUUGGUCCGGUGCUGAUGUUGCAGAGCGAGGGGGAGGACCCGAUGGAUUUCCACCAGCCUAUUAGUAUUCUCAAGUUCCUCCUCGACCUCUGGCCCUCAAAGUCAGCUCGGGAAGCGGAAGCAGCGAGUGCUCGGAGUGCGCGGCCUUCACAUCUGGACUCGGGGAGGCGGAAAGUCGGGGGCCCCGGCUCCCGCAUGACCACACCCCGGACCACACCGCGGACCACGCCCACCAGCCAGUCCCCGGGCUCAGAGAGCGACUCCUCCCCGAAUCCUCCUGUUAACCUCCGCUCCAAGCUAGUCCUGGGCGCCAUGACCACAACCACCGCCAGUGGGGGGGAGGCAGGGGGCGGAGCAGCUAGUGGGCCCUCCGCUCCAGGCUCUACCUCCACCACCUCCACGCCCACCUCUUCCAUCACAUCCCCGCCAUCCACCACCGCCGCCCCGACCAACUCUCUCCCAGCUGGGGUGUCGGAGGCGGCGUCAACCCUCACUGCCACCCGCGGCCUCGACCCAGAGACCGAGACCGAGGAGGACAAGGACGAGACCGGAACGGCAUCCAGCUGAGGUCCUCACGCUCCUAGCUAAGGCCAGGAGGCCAAGCUCCCGGUCAGGAUUCUUCAUUGGAUUAUUAAGUCCUGAAGUCACUUGCUGACGCCAGCCGAGGCACUGAUGUCUUUGGUCUAUAUGUUGAUAAUUGCUGUUAACCCUCGAGGGUCCGUGAACAACACCGUCCAGGGCCCUGCUGAUGCUGGCUGCUUGAGGCAAGUUGACAAUAGAUAAGGCCCUGAUAUCUUUGCGUUAAAGGCCAAAAAAAUAGCACUAGUUGCAGCCCUGAGGACAUCAGCUGAAGCCCUAAAACCUCACCCUUGUUGCGGGCAUGACGUCACCAGCCCCCUGAUCCUCUAGUGGCCAAGAUGCAGUCAUCACUGUGUCACCAAGUCCCCCGGGUAGCGAGGCUCUCUUCACCAGUGGUCAGAGGCCUCCGCACGUGACUGUGACCCGGCACACCUCACACUGUGGCUCAGCGCCGCCCUCGGCCGCCGCCUACGGGACGAGGCCAUUUGCGGGACUUAUGCAACUCGUGUUACAAAUCACUGCCACGAACUUUUAUUUAAAUAUAUUAUCUCUCUGUGGAGAUGUCGAAUUUUAUCACUAGAUAACUGCCAAGAGCUUGUAGUCAGUGGGGGUGCGGACGGUGGCGCCCCGUCCUUGUCGUCGACAGAUCAAGACGGGGAGCCACGGUCUGCGCUGCCCCUUAGUCAGUGGUGUUGAGAGUAUCGGCAUGGCGGUGCAAACUACUUGCCAGAUGGCUUCCAUUUCCCUCACGCCCGACUUUUUUUUU